ACUCGGGCUGGCGCUCGCCUCCAGCCCUGUGGAAUUGGAUCCGAGGAGGAGCUGAAAAUGCAGAUUUAGCAUCAAGCACAGACAUACACUAGCUCUUUCUCUCGGGUACACAUAGCUCCGCACAUUCGCACCCCUUCCAGCCAGCCAGGCUGCGCGACUCCACGGCUUGCCUGGCAGCCAGCUGCUGGUGGACAGCGCACAGAUUUGCUGUUUGCCAAGCUUCUCUUUUUGCCUCGUUUGCUAUAAAAAGAUUUUUUUAAAAGAAAAACAGAAACAAAAACUACAUUACCUAUUUUUUAUUUGCAUCUUCCCUCCUCGUCCCCUGCUCCACCCGCCUGCGUGCCUCGCAGCCCCACUUUUCACUCCCAAAGAAGGAUGGAGGGCGGUUGUGGAUCCCAGUGGAAAGCGGCUGGGCUCCUCUUCUGUGUCAUGGUUUUUGCGUCUGCUGAGAGACCCGUCUUCACGAAUCAUUUUCUUGUGGAGUUGCAUAAAGACGGAGAGGAAGAGGCUCGCCAAGUUGCAGCAGAACACGGCUUUGGAGUCCGAAAGCUCCCCUUUGCAGAAGGACUGUAUCACUUUUAUCACAAUGGCCUUGCAAAGGCCAAAAGAAGACGGAGCCUACCCCACAAGCAGCAGCUGGAGAGAGACCCCAGGGUAAAGAUGGCCCUGCAACAAGAAGGAUUUGCCCGUAAAAAGAGAGGGUACAGGGACAUCAAUGAGAUUGACAUCAACAUGAAUGAUCCUCUUUUUACCAAGCAAUGGUACCUGUUCAACACUGGGCAAGCUGAUGGCACUCCCGGGCUAGACUUGAACGUGGCCGAAGCCUGGGAGCUGGGAUACACGGGGAAAGGAGUGACCAUUGGAAUUAUGGACGAUGGAAUCGACUAUCUCCACCCAGACCUGGCCUACAACUAUAACUCUGAUGCAAGUUACGACUUCAGCAGCAAUGACCCCUAUCCCUACCCACGAUACACAGAUGACUGGUUCAACAGCCAUGGAACUAGGUGUGCAGGAGAAGUUUCUGCUGCAGCCAGCAACAAUAUCUGUGGAGUCGGCGUAGCAUACAACUCCAAGGUGGCAGGUAUCCGGAUGCUGGACCAACCCUUUAUGACAGACAUCAUCGAGGCCUCCUCCAUCAGUCACAUGCCUCAAAUGAUAGACAUCUACAGUGCAAGCUGGGGCCCCACCGACAACGGGAAGACAGUUGAUGGGCCCCGAGAGCUCACGCUCCAGGCCAUGGCUGAUGGCGUGAACAAGGGCCGUGGGGGCAAAGGCAGCAUCUAUGUGUGGGCCUCCGGGGAUGGCGGCAGCUACGAUGACUGCAAUUGUGAUGGUUAUGCUUCAAGUAUGUGGACGAUCUCCAUCAACUCAGCCAUCAACGAUGGCAGGACUGCCUUAUAUGAUGAGAGCUGUUCUUCCACAUUGGCAUCCACCUUCAGCAAUGGAAGGAAGAGGAAUCCCGAGGCUGGUGUGGCUGCAAGUGACUUGUAUGGCAACUGUACUCUGAGACAUUCUGGGACAUCUGCAGCUGCUCCUGAGGCAGCUGGCGUGUUUGCACUGGCAUUAGAGGCUAACCUGGAUCUGACCUGGAGAGACAUGCAACAUCUGACUGUGCUCACCUCCAAGCGGAACCAGCUUCACGAUGAGGUCCAUCAGUGGCGACGGAAUGGGGUUGGCCUGGAAUUUAAUCACCUCUUUGGCUACGGCGUCCUGGAUGCAGGUGCCAUGGUGAAAAUGGCUAAAGACUGGAAAACGGUCCCUGAGAGAUUCCAUUGUGUGGGAGGCUCCGUGCAGAACCCUGAGAAAAUACCACCCACUGGCAAGUUGGUACUGACCCUCCAAACAAAUGCAUGUGAGGGGAAAGAAAACUUCGUACGCUACCUUGAGCAUGUCCAAGCUGUCAUCACAGUCAAUGCGACCAGGAGAGGAGACCUGAACAUCAACAUGACCUCCCCCAUGGGCACCAAGUCCAUUUUGCUGAGCCGGCGUCCAAGAGACGACGACUCCAAGGUGGGCUUUGACAAGUGGCCUUUCAUGACCACCCACACCUGGGGGGAGGAUGCCCGAGGGACCUGGACCCUGGAGCUGGGGUUUGUGGGCAGUGCACCACAGAAGGGAUUGCUGAAGGAAUGGACCCUGAUGUUACAUGGCACACAAAGUGCCCCAUACAUCGAUCAGGUGGUGAGGGAUUACCAGUCUAAGCUGGCCAUGUCCAAGAAACAAGAGCUGGAGGAGGAGCUGGAUGAAGCUGUGGAGAGGAGUCUGCAAAGUAUCCUGAGGAAGAACUAAGGCCAUGCUUCCAUCUCCGCCACCCCCUCCUCCCUGCCUCUGCCUCUGUCCUUGCUCCAGCGUCCUGGCAGCCACCAGCCACCCAGCAAUUCCUGUUACCCCCACACAAGCGACCCCAGCCUGGUCUGCAGCUUUGUUCAGUGUCAAUGAUUCUUUUCACUACAAUGGAAGCAAUCGUUUUUAUUCUGUAGUCCAAAUAUAGCGUUCCUACCAACAUCUAUGUCCUAUGUGUGACUCGACCUUUAUUUCUGCCACGUAAAUGGGUGAUACGCUGUAAACAAAACAAGGACAGCUUUUCCCUCAGUUUUUUUCAUAUCUGAGAAGGAAAAAGAAUGCACCUAAAAAGCCACACUUGGUGACUCGAGAACAACCGUGGUCUCAGCUGAGGUGUUGCUACAUAGCAUGGGAAUGACAGGUGACAGAGGGUGACCCAACUCUAGCACAGGGGUGGGUGAUGGCUUGAACUAAGCAAGACUAUUCAGGGCUGUAAAUUGAGGUGCAUGAUGAAGAAGAUGCUGUCCCCAGGGAACCCUAAAUACUGGACAGGGUGAGGAAAUUUAAAAGACACGAGCAUUGAAAAUUUACCACCAAUACCCAGCCCAUGUUCCUUCUGUUCUGCCAGGAUGACGUAAGACUGAAACAUGUGGGUCUUCUGUCAGCAGCGGCUGCUCUGAGUUGGGAUAGAAUUAACUGGAGCAACCAACAUGCCUCUCUUACACAGAGUUCAUUCACACACCUUCAGUUUUCUGGUACUCUUUACACAGCCAUCCAAGAGAGAAAACUACCAGGCGUUUCUAGCAGCUGUCUGACAUGGGGCAGUUUACUAGUUUUAGAAACAGCAACAUUCGUUUUCCCGAGUUUUAGACCUCCGUGAUGUGACACAACCAAGAGGCAGAAGUUUUUUUGGUUUUGUUUUGGGUUUGGGUUUACUGUUGAAAACUUUGCCCACACCCACCUGCGCUUUGAUUUCCCAAAAGCCUCACUGGAGUGCAAUAUCUCCCUCCCUCAAGUUGUGAUUUCAGUGACGUACUGGGAAAUGGGCCUCUGUUCCAGAAGAGGCCAGUAGAUGAAAGAGGUACAUCAGAAGUCCCAAGUGACCACAUUCAAGUGGACUGUGGUUGCAAGGAGCCUGUUCCAUUGAGAGGGACGUGUGCCACCUCAUUCCCCAUAACUGGGGGCCAGAAGGGAGCAAGAGACAACCUCUUUUAGAAAAGCAGAUAUGAUCUUGGCAACUCAAAUUCAUGAGAAUAUCUAACAAGCACCCCAAAGGGGACAGUUGUCAACCUUGAAAGACACCAUUUCAUUCCCGAACAGUUUUUUACCAAAGUAACCCAUUGUCACUUGGUGUCCCCACCCAUGGAUUGGCUUCUUGCUCAAAUCUCAGUAUUCAGUCAUCCCAUCCCCCACCCCCAGCCACCCCAGGCUCUCACCCUCCCUUCCCUUGAAGUAUGCACAUAGUCUGGAAUUACUUUACUGAAGCCAGCAACUCAGAAGCACUGGGGUUCCAUUCCCUGAGGGGGGCAAAUUUAAGAGAGAAUUCUGGAAGCUUGUUGCAUUCCAUUUUUCCACCACAUUAACAAGAAUUUUUGUCUUCUCUGACACCUUGUAACUUGCCCUGUAUCAUGGUUUUUUUGAGUGUAAUAAUAUUUAUGAUUUUUAAAAGAAAUUUAUUACUUGUUGCAAAGGUCUUUUUAAACCACCUUAGAUUUAAAGAAAAAAAUAGUAAUCAUUGAAAAUUCAUUUCACAUUAACAGUCUGGAAAUAAACCAAAGGACAUUAUGUGUGCAUGUAUGUAUAAGUGCACACAGAAACAUAUAUACAUAUGUAGACUAUAUACAUGUGUAUAUGUGUAUAUAUAUACUUGUAUAAAUGUACAUACACACAUAUACCUAAAUAUGUGUGUAUUCUGUAUGUAUUGAAGAAACAGACACCAUAUACAUCUCUAAAAGAGUAUUCAGAAAAUAUCAUAAUGAUUCUGGCUGAAUAAAAAGCCAGUGGAGAUUCAGGUAAAAUAUCUGUUCAUCUCUUCCCACUAUAACACCUCUGUAAUUUUGAAGCUUUCUGUAUAAACAUUGUCUUAUAUAAGUAGCAGAAAUAUGAAAUAGUUGUCCAUAUUUUCACAUUUGUGGUAUAAUUUACAAAAUUAGAGAGUAACUUAUCAGCUUCUUAAUAGAAAUGGCAAGUUUUGAUAUGAGUAUAUAGUAUAUAAAGGUAUAUAAUGCUAAAUAUAAAUAUUUGGUCUCUUUUUCAUUUUCGGCAUCAGUAUUACCACAAAAAUAUGUCUAGAUAGCGAUGUUUUUAUGAUGCCCCUGAUUCUAAUGCAAGAGAUAGUUAUUUAUUUUAAAAACUGAAAAUAAGCAAAUAACAAUCAGGUUAAUAUUGUUACUCCGUGACAAAAAUUUUUAAGGAAAUUUUAAAAAAUAUGUUGUAAAUUAGGCUCAACAAUAAAAUAUACCUUCCAGAAAAUA